AUGAUACAUAAUCCAUUCGAUUACUUCCAAAAUUUUUAUUUUCAAACUAAUUUAUUACUAAGAAGCAUUAAGAUCUACAAAAGAAUUUUAGUAGAAAUCACAAUAAUAGAAAUAGACUUCUAUUAAGAUCAAGAUGAAAGCUUGAAAUAAAAUUAUUAAGGAGGUAAAAUGAGCUGUUAGUAUGAAGUAUAUGUGGCAAAGAAUUGCACAACGACAUAAUCUUAUCUAAUCACCCUUAUUGAUGGAACUGGCUCUAUGUCUGGUGAAUAUGAAGCCGUUGUAGAUGCUCAUAAUGCUACUUUUUCCUGUCUAGGAUCAUAGCAGAUGAAAUAUUAAUGGGAAUGA